AUGGACCAGAGGGUCAUUCGUGGGCUACCCAGGGAGAUGUCAGUCAAUGACAUCAAAGAGGAUCUAGUGAGCCAAGGCAUCGCAGACGCCGAGGUUCAGCAGAUGACCUCAAGGACCACCAAGAAGCCACUUCCGCUCUUCCUCGUCAAGACGAAGAUGCCGGAAAAGCUUGCAGAGAUCCAGAGGCUGGCCAUGCUCACGGUCAGCUUCGAGAGGAAGAAAAAGUCUUCCGAGCCCAGCCAAUGUUACCGCUGCCAGCGGUACGGGCACACACAGCGGAACUGCCGUCUCGCUGAACGGUGCGUUAAGUGUGGAGAGGACCACAGCAGCACCAGCUGCAGUCUGCCAGCGCCGCCAACAGGGCAACGAAAAGCCAAAGUUGCCCACUGCUCUUCAGGUGGGCAAUGUAGUUAUACGACAAACCGACAAACCCAGGAGUUCAAAUAUCUGGGAACUUAUCAUCUGACAGUUCAACAAAAAAGGAUAUACAAAGCAGGAUUGUUCAGGUAUCAUGGAGCCAAUAACUACAUAUGGGGCUGGCAGCUUACAUCAAAAAUAGAAGACCAGCUAAAAGCAGUUGAAAUGGACGUCCUACGUCGGUCGUGUAGAGUAUCUAGCUUGGACUAUAUCCGAAACGAUAUGAUCAGAGCAAGGACGUUUGUAAAAGAUACCAUGGUAGAUAGAGUAGAAAGAAGACAACUAGUAUGGUACGGCCUUGUCAUGAGAAUGGCUGAUGAAACCAACACUAUAAGUUUACCUUCUGAAAAGCACUCGGCCUGUGACAUGGACGGGGCUCCCGAUUGGCCGACGAGGGUGGUUGCCCUGCUGGAUGUGUCUGCGUAUGUUCCGCCGCAGCAGUGGCGGUUGCGGAAGCCGGCGCGUGCGCAGUGGCGUUGUGGUGACUAUGGUGGUGGUGGUGAUGAUGGUGGUGUUGAUGGUGGUGGGCCGCGCUGGCUGGCGGUGGGUGGUGCUCCAUGCGUGUGGGCGUGGCCGGAGGCCGGGGGGCGGUCCCCCUGCUUCUGCUGUUACUGCUCGGGCGCUGCUGCUGUUCAGGAAAAGACACUGCUCUUGUAG